AUGCGAGAAGAGUUCAGCACUCUCUUCCCUCUGUGUACACACGAACUAGCGCUAUCCACGAGGCCAGGAACGGAAGCGAGAGAAAAACUCACUUUGCAAGAAAAGCUCGCUUACGCCGGGAUUCGAACACCUGACCUGACCUCUAGAAGGUUUCGAGGUUACCAACUAGACCACCGGGGCGACCGGUGUAUGGGAACGAUGGAAAUGAAAGCAAGGAGGAUGAUGGUGAACGCACCCCAAAACGAACUCGAGUGCAAGGUAGCAGCCUUGGUAGACGCGUGCAGUUUUUGUCUGUUGCUACCGUUUCUGUCUUUGAUCCGGAAACUAGAUUAG